GCCACGAUUCCUGCGACCUGGCUUAUAUGCUUGAGUGCGUGUUCAGCGGGUACAGUUGCUCUCCAUAUCGUUCCUUGUGCAUUUGGUCGCUGUCAUUCGUCUGGGCUGCGCAUAUCGCCGGAGAUUCUCAUCCGACAUCCAGGAUGCAGGUGCGUACCGAAGUCGUAGUUGCCCUCGUAGUUAUCCUGGCUGUCAAUGCGGCGGCCGCCCAAGGACCGCCCGAGGACGAAGUGACGUACCUGCCGGGUUUGGCCAAUCGCACCACUUUCAAGCAAUACUCCGGGUUUCUUCGAGCGGGAGGAACGCGACGGUUGCAUUACUGGUUUGUCGGCAGCGAGCGUUCACCUGAGACCGAUCCAGUCAUUCUGUGGAUGAAUGGUGGGCCAGGUUGCAGCUCCCUGCUGGGACUCAUGUCGGAGCAGGGACCUUUUCGUGCAGUCAAGAGAGGGCGCAAGCUGAUCAUGAAUCCUUACAGAUGGAACCAGAUCGCAAACAUCAUCUUCUUGGAAUCACCUGCCGGAGUUGGUUAUUCCUACGACCUUAGCGGGCAGUACUCGACAAACGACGAUCAGACAGCGGACGACAACUACCUGGCCCUUCAGGACUUCUUCGCCAAGUUCCCCAGUCUCAAGACCAACGACUUUUACAUCGCAGGCGAGAGUUAUGGUGGAAUCUACGUGCCCAUGCUGACACUGCGUGUGCUUAAAGAUCCAAAGGACAUUCAGCUUAAGGGAUACGCCGUUGGAAAUGGUGCCCUUGAUUUCAACAUCCUCGGCAACGCCUUGGUGUUCUUUGGUUACUAUCACGGACUCUACGGACUAAGUCUGUGGACCAGGCUGACGACGCACUGCUGCAACGGAAGCGUUUCUCAGCAGUCAUGCAACUUUGUGAACCGCCAGACCAGCGCGUGCGAAGAAGCGGUUCAGGACGCUAUGACCGUCAUCUACCAGGAGCACCUGAACGUCUACAACUUGUACGACAAGUGCGAAGACGAAGAAGACAGCGCGAUGGUCACCUUCGUUCCCCGCCCGAGUUCCUCUUCUCGCUAUCACCGGUCGAAGCUGCUGAUGGCCCACAGCCUCAACGUGCCACGGCAUCGGGACAACCUAGGCGUGACUCCGCCAUGCAUCGAUAGCGAGGACGUUAAGCGCUACCUCACACGUGACGACGUGAAAGCGGCGUUGCACGUCGACAGCUCGCCGCUGGAGUGGGACGAAUGCAGCAACGUAUUGAACUACACGACACAGUACAGGUCGAUGAAGGUCGUCGUUAAGGAGCUUGCCGAUUCCGGAGCACUAAAGACACUUAUUUACAAUGGCGAUAUUGACAUGGCCUGCAAUUUUCUCGGAGACGAGUGGUUUGUCAACACGUUAGGAUACAAGCCAACAUCUACGUACAAGAUAUGGAAGCAUGGUGAUCAAGUCGCCGGAUUUUUUCAGACGUACGAGAACAACAUCACAUUCGUGACGAUUAAGGGAGCCGGCCACAUGGUGCCUGAGGACAAACCGGCACAAGCCUUGCAGAUGAUCAAGAACUUCAUCUACGACACGUCGUUUUAACUAAGUCCAGAGUGCGUCCAGAUCAAUGCGAAAGAUAAAUUAAGCUGGAACUUCUUCAGAUUGCUAAUUCAUUUUCUUCUCCGAUUGAUUUGCUAUCAAAGUGCACGCCAGGCUGUACAGAAAAACCUCGAGAAAAUUGUAUGUUGCUUUGGAUGUUACUGGGCCUAAUUGAUCACUGACAAAUAAAGCAAAGGGUAACACGCUCCUUCACCCCAAAGUA